GUUGAUUGCAGGCCCGGUGUUUUAUUUGGCAAUUUUCAUAUGAAAGGUGUUUUUUUUUCAAACUUUCUUUAAUAAUAGAGAGAUAAUAUUCCACUCCGCGGAACUGCAGGCCGCCGGAGAUUCUGAAAAACUUUUUUUAAAGUCAAGAGGACGGACAACAUGGACACCUCUGUCUCCCGAUGGAUAAUCUGGAUUUCUUUCCUGUGUCUUGUGCUUCAUUCUACAGAGCUUAACACAACAGCAAGUGCCGGUGAUCUGUCCACGGAAGAGUUACAGAACAUAACCAAAACCAUUGUUAAUGAUGUACAGGCUGGAUCCAUCUUACUAAACCUCCUGAACUCCACAGGGGUGGCCAUUGCCGAACCGCGCCAAGAUCCUGAGGACCCAAAUUGGCAGGUGGUACUCUCGGACACCAAUAUUGCUUUACAAACAUUGGCUCAGCCUAGCGAGAUGAGACUGUCCAAUACCAUUGUACCAUUGCAUGAAGGUGCUCCAUUCUCCACACAGCCUAAACUUCAAAUAUAUGAUAGCAGCGGAAAUGUUAUUGAUAAGCUGGGAACCAAUACAAAUCCAUGGCAGAUCACAGCAUCCAUUGUUAGUGGCACCGGUCAUGCAGCUGGUCAGCUGACUGGGACCACCACUGUCCCAUACCAAUACGGCUUGGCAAACUUCACAGACUUGGCCAUUAGUCAUUUCGGGGAUGAUUAUGGCCUGAAUUUUACAGUUACAUAUCCAGUUGGUGUAAAUUUGUUCACUUUGACCAACUUUUCGCUAACAAGACGGCCUCUCAAGGUCAAUGCCAUGAGCAUUCCAACUACCGUUGUGGCAAAUUCCAGUAUUUCUCUUAUGAUCAAGCUGGAAGAUGCAGUUACAAGCCAAAUUAUUGAGCAAACUCACUGGCGGAUAACUGACUGGGAAGUGUGUGUUACAUUGGAUGGAUUGGAGUUCUACAAAGGAAAGCAAUUUGGAGAACUCAACACAAAAUUCAAUGCUACCACGGGUCUGGCUACUUUGUCCGACAUCAGAUUCACUGAACCAGGCAUGGUGAUCCUGAAGAUAGGCGUGACCUCUGUUCCUGCUGAAUAUUCAUUAGAAACUCAGCUCCUGAUCAAUAUUCGCAGAGCAGAUCUGUAUGCCUCCUCCCGCAAUAGCAGCACCCAGAUGCUGCUGAGAUUUGAAGCCUACUACAACUCCAUUGUUGCAGCCGGUUACCAACUACCGUUCGAGACUGUGAUCGGGAACUUUCUGAUCAGGCGUUAUCCAGAUAUUGAUCUGGAUUCUGUCCAGAUCGAUAGUGGAGGCGUAACAAUCACGUAUCAAAUCACAUCGGGAGGAUCCCUCCAAACAAACGGCACACUGAUCUUGUGUGAUGCUUUGGACGACGGAACUAGUGAAAUUUUUGGAUUGUUGAAUUUUAUUACUUUAAAUUAACUCCCCAGCUGAGCUUUGUUGAUAAAAAUUUCUCCAACG